GUUCGAUUCGGUUUUUCGGAUCGGGUUCGAUUCGGUUUUUCGGAUUCGGUUUUUUUGCCCGGCUCUACUAUUGACAUUGUUACACUGUGUUCAACCAAACUUUAACACAAAUAUGUUAAUGGAUUAUUAUUAAUUAUGAUUUGAUUUAUUAGUGGAGUAUAUUUCGCUUUCUCUUAUUUCUUUCCCAUUAGAGGCUGAUUAGUUCCCACAUUAACGUCAAAAAAAGUGAUAUUGAGUCUUUAUAUUUAAUAACCCUAGGAAAACAAAAAACGUUCAGUAAAAAAAUUAAACAGAGGAAGAAAGACAAAACGAAAGCUUCUUUCUCCCAUCAAUGGCGGAUCAUGGUCAAGCCAGUUUCUGGACUCAGGCAAAUGCGUUACUUAGGAAGAACUUAACUUACCAGAGGAAACACAUAUGGACGAAUGUUAGACUCGUUCUGGUUCCACUCUUCCUCUGCUUACUUCUCCUGUCGAUUCAACUCUUGCUCGAGGCUGUAAUGAGCAAAGUCUCGGAUAUGGCUAAAUGUGGAAGUAAAGAUGCUCCCAAUGGAGAUUAUUGUCCCAUCCCAAACCCUCCAUUGUUGCCUCCCAUGUUGCAUAUUCCAGAACCUGAGUCUCGUGCUGUUAAAGCUGGUUUCUUUCCCUACAGUGACCUUCCUGACUUGUCCUGUAGAAAAACAAAAACUUGUCCUUUAACUAUGCUUCUUACUGGGAAAAACCAGUCUCUUGGUAAAGCCUUGUCCGGGACUAUGUUUGGUGGUUCUUUUGCAGUGAAUACCUCCGACCUCUGGCCUAGUUUAGCUGACAAUGUCUUGGGUACAACACUAGGAGCAGGGAUGGACAGUUUCAGGGAUCCAGGGAUUGACUCAGGACUCGCCAUCUACAGCAUCCAACCUCAGUGCAAUGCAAACUCUACAUGGCCACUUUCAUUAGGAAAAACACGUACAGAGGUGAAGUGUGUUCAAGGGUUGUGCCUUUGGAGAAAUACAUCUACAGAGGUCAAUGAGGAGAUUUUCAAGGGUAGUUGGAGGGGAAAUACUGAGCGAAUGACAAAUGAGAUUGCUGCAGCAUAUGAUCUCUUGAGUACGGAUGGAAAAAACUUGGAUGUGAACAUCUGGUAUAAUGCGACAUAUUACAACAGUAAAGGUCCUCAAAACAAGCCUUUGGUCCGAGUUCCCCGCUUGAUCAGUCUGGUAUCAAGUGUUUAUUUAAAGUUUCUGAAAGGCCCUGGGACAAAGAUACUAUUCGAGUUUGUCAAAGAAGUUCCUAAGAACUCUACUAAAAGCAAUUCAGAUAUUGCAUCUCUGUUUGGUCCGCUUUUCUUCACUUGGGUUGUUCUUCUUCUGUUCCCUGUAAGUUGUAUAUUAUUACUACAGUUAAAUACUUUUAGGCCCAUUACUAAACUCCACAACAUAUUUACUCAUCAUCCUAAUGUAAAUUUUUUGCAGGUGAUUUUGACAUCAUUGGUGUAUGAGAAACAAGAACGUCUAAGAAUUAUAAUGAAAAUGCAUGGCCUAGGCGAUGGUCCAUACUGGUUGAUUUCAUAUGCCUAUUUUCUUACCAUAUCCGUGUUGUACAUUCUUUCUUUGGUGAGCUUCGGGUCAGUGAUAGGACUCAACUACUUUCGGCUCAAUUCCUAUAGCGUCCAGUUCGUUUUCUAUUUUAUCUACUUAAAUCUGCAAAUCGCCAUUGCCUUUCUAGUCUCUACAAUGUUUUCAAAGGUUAAGACUGUUACAGUUGUUGCUUACAUUAUGGUGUUUGGGACUGGGCUCUUGGGAAACUUUCUCUUCGCACAGCUACUUGACUCUCCCUCAUUCCCCGAUAAAUGGAUUAUUGUGUUGGAGUUGUUUCCUGGAUUUUCAUUAUUCCGAGGAUUGUAUGAGUUUGCACAAGCAGCCUUCCAUGGAAACGGGAUGAAGUUGGGGGAUCUCAGCGAAAGUGGAAUGGAUAAAGUGUUCUACAUCAUGUUAGUGGAAUGGUUUGUGACUCUCACUGUGGCCUACGUUGUCGAUCAGGUUCUUACAUCAGGGAAAAGCCCUUGCUUGUUCACCAAGAAAGCUACUACUUCCGUACCAGACCCUAGUGUACAGAGUCAAAGCUCUGACAACAUCCUCAUUGACAUGGAAAAAGCAGAUGUCACUCACGAGAGGGAGAAAGUGAAGGCAAUGAGGAUAGAAGGGAGCACAUGGCACGCGAUUGUGUGUGACAACCUGAAGAAGGUGUAUCCAGGUAGAGAUGGUAACCCACCAAAAAUAGCAGUAAGAGGGAUGUAUCUCGACGUGCCUUCAGGGGAAUGUUUUGGCAUGCUUGGACCCAAUGGUGCCGGCAAAACCUCUUUCAUCAAUAUGAUGACUGGCCUCUUAAAACCGACAUCUGGAACUGCGUUGGUUAAAGGUUGGGACAUAUGCAAGGAUAUGAACAAAGUAUACACUAGCAUGGGCGUAUGCCCGCAGCACGACUUGCUUUGGGAGACACUGACAGGAAGAGAACAUCUUCUCUUUUACGGGCGACUCAAGAACAUCAAGGGCCCUGCUCUAAAGCAAGCUGUGGAAGAGUCUCUCAAAAGUGUCAGUCUCUUUGAUGGAGGAGUUGCUGACAAACCUGCUGGAAAAUACAGCGGAGGUAUGAAACGGCGACUAAGUGUGGCCAUUUCGCUUAUUGGCAACCCAAAGGUGGUGUACAUGGAUGAGCCUAGCACUGGACUUGAUCCAGCCUCAAGAAAGAACUUAUGGACCGUGAUCCAGCGUGCAAAACAGGACACAGCCAUAAUCCUCACAACUCAUUCAAUGGAAGAAGCAGAGUUUCUCUGCGACAGAUUAGGGAUUUUUGUUGACGGAGGCUUGCAGUGCAUAGGAAACCCUAAAGAGCUUAAGGGAAGGUACGGUGGAUCGUAUGUCUUCACGAUGACAACCUCAUCAGAACACGAGGAGAUAGUAGAGAGAUUGGUUCAAAACAUUUCACCGAACGCCAAGAAAGUGUAUCAUCUCUCAGGAACACAGAAGUUCGAGAUCCCUAAGCAAGAAGUCAUGAUUUCAGACCUGUUUUUAAUGGUGGAGAGUGCCAAAAGCAAGUUCACAGUGUUUGCUUGGGGGCUCGCCGACACAACUCUCGAAGACGUCUUCUUCAAGGUUGCUACAAGUGCUCAAGCUUCCUUGUCUUAAAUGUUCGUAUGAUCCAACCCUAUUUAGUGGUGGUAUCAAAUUAGGGCUUUUUAUUAUCAAAUUUGAUGUCUUGUGCGACACGUUAGUUCUUAAAAAGUCAUGUAACUCUGGUUUUGAUUUUAAUAACAUUUUGAAAGAGAAACAACUUAAAGCU